CCCAUGGGUGCCCUGACGCGGAAGAGCUGGCCCCACGGAGGCUCCCGCUUCCGAAGCGUGGGAGGCUGUAAAGGUGGCAGGUUGUAGAUUUUGAUCUUGGCCUUUGGGGUUCCCUGGCCAUUAGAACGUGAGAGGAAGAGGAGGCACCGCGGUGGCGGCCGAGGGGACAAAUCCUUCCAUCAGUCCUUGAGGCGGGAGGGGGCAGGGUCGGGAGAAUCCCCGAUCUCAGGGCUGAGUCUCCGGACCAAAUCCCGGAGCAUGGGGGGCUGGACAAAGUCCCCGAGUAUGGGGAGGUGGAUCUUCCGAGACCUCCCAGCCGGGCCCUGCUCAACUGUCGGGUUCUGGUUGCUAACGUUGCCCAGGGAGCCGCGGCAUCUAUAGCCGGUCCCCGCCGGUGGCACUCGGCGGGAAAGACAGCGGCAUGAAUUCCGCCAUUGCCUAGUUUCCUCCCCUUCUUCCUCUUCUCCCGCUGGCCUUCCUCUCUUCCCCAUACCUUCUCCUUUCCUGUCCUGUGCUGUUUCCCUACCGUCUUUCCUCCUCUGCUCUCCCCUGCCUCUUACCUCUGCCCCACCUCUCCAUCUAUCCUCUUUCCAUCCCUUUUCUCUUCCCUCCUCCUCCAUCCUUGCCUUCCCGCCAUCCGUCUUUCCUCUACCCCGUUUCUUCAUUCUGUUGCCAUCCGACACAACCUCCAUCCUUCUCCCCUCACCACAGUCCUCUCUUCCUCAUCAGCUUUCUCCCCUCCCCUCCCCUCCCUUCUCCGCCCCUUCCCGCCCCCUCCUCCUCCUCCUCCUCUAUUUUCUCCACCCCCAAGCCUCCGCCCCUUAGCCCCCCGCCCCCAGCUGCCAGUCCCUAGAAGCUCAGUCCUGCAGUGAGUCUUGGAAGCCCAUAGCUAAGCACCAGGAGCUGAGUACUGCCUGCUGUGCCUGCCUGCCUGCCUGCCUGCAAGCCUCCGACAUGUCUCAGGAGAAAAUGGAGCUGGACUUAGAGCCUGACAUAUCUCUUGAGAGCACCCUGAGGAGGUCCAGCAGCGCUCCCCAGAUCCAUGGACUCAGCGAUCUUUCGCCGGUUUUUCAACCUUUUACAAUUAAAUCUCGGAGCAAUAGUACAACAAUUAUGAACAGUCGCAGUUUGUUGCUGCCAUCUUCACCUAAUCGUAUCCCUAGUAGCAGACUGCAUGAAAUCAAAAGGGAAGAAGGCCUGGAUAUUAUGAAUAGAGAAACUGCACAUGAAAGGGAAGUGCACUCGGCAAUGCAGAUAAGCCAGUCAUGGGAUGAAAGCUUGAGCCUGAGUGAUAGUGAUUUUGACAAGCCAGAGAAAUUAUAUUCUCCUAAGAAAAUUGACUUCACUCCAGUUUCCCCAGCACCUUCACCAACCAAGGGAUUUGGAAAGCAGCGCUUUUCUCUAUCCCUACAGAUGUUUGUCAGCAGCAGUGGAUUGCCUUCAAGCUCUAUUGGUAAUCCAAGACGAUUUUCAAGCCGGAGAAUCCAGAGUCCUGGAAAAUGCAUUAGACCCAGUGUUCUUGGUCCUCUUAAAAGAAAAGGUGAGAUGGAGACUGAAAGCCAGCCCAAGAGACUCUUUCAAGGCACCACCAACAUGCUGUCUCCGGAUGCAGCCCAACUGUCUGAUCUCAGUUCAUGGUGGUGUUACCAAGGAGAAGAAAUUCCUGCCUUGACCAGAUGUGUGGAGCACCUGCAAAUGAAUGAAUAAUGCUCUUUACACAAACCACUGUGUACAAAAGCAGGCGUCCACGGAGCUGUCAGUAUUUCUGGUGGUAUCCUGAGGCCUCACAUGCCUUGGGUACAUUCUCAUGCUGGGAGGGAUUUAUAUUAUAAUGUCACAUGGAAAAUGGAAGCUUUGUGUGGUUGCCAUAUAUUGUUUUAGUUGCUGCUUUGUUCUGAUUCCUUUUUAUUAUGGGAUUUGUCUGUUUUGUUGUGUGGUGACUGGUGUUUCAGUUCUUGUGUUGCCCUCCGAGUGAGAAUCCAGUUCUUACUCAUGCUAUGUUAUAGUACAGGCAGUUUACUAUCUAUAUGGAAGCUUUUAGGAGUCAAAAGAAUCAAUGUUAGUGUGCAUUCUGCUUUAAGGAAGCUGCUUGAGCCAUACACAGCAUACACACUAGUAAACAUGAAAUACCAAAUGUUAUUUAAUUUUUAAGAGAGAAGUCUCCUGAAUGAAUCACUUAAGAAAUCUUGAGUAUAAUCUAAUGUUACGUUAGUGUGCUAUUUCUUUCACUACGUAGGUGUCUGUUCUGAUAAGUUUCUUUUAGUACUUGGACUUUGUGUAUGGAAUGUCUACUUAAUAUGCUCAUUUACACACUAAGAUUACAAUAUUCCAUUUUAAGUAGAUGUAAGGAACAGAAACUGCUGCACUCAUGUCUUUUGGAGGAAAGAUCCAUGGACUGCAAAAUGAUGUGCUUUGGAGGCACUUAGAGACUGGUAACAGUUUGAAGGGAAACCCGUUCUCUUUCCAUUAUUAGAGAACAUCAUUUGGCUUGCAGUGUGGUAAUUCUGUUACAGAACCAGACAUGUCCUUUCUUUUAAAUUAUGAUCAGCACCAUAACAGCCCUCACUGACUUUAGUUCAUGGGUUGUUGUGCCUGUGCAAAGUGCAUAACCUGUCAAGCCUGACAUAUAUGCUUCUGUUAGGAAAAUUGCCCCCUCGUGUGCUAUUUUAAAGGAAAAUUUCUUUGAUGGUAUUCAGUGUAUCUAUUCUGUUUGUAAAAGGACCAUGCUAAGAUGUUUUUGCCCCUAUAAUGAUGGUUUUAUCUUUCAGGAGAUUUGUCUGCUUUCACUCUUUCUUCUUUGCCUUAAAGGGACAUUUGUAGGUUCUAAAUUAGGACUUUUAAGAGAUAAUCAUUGAAAUGUGAUGAUCUUUGAUUUAUUUUACAAGU